GUUAAAAUUACAAAAUUUCCUUUUCAAAGCAACAGCCCGUGAUCUAUAACAAUAAACAAACUUCCAUCUCCAAGCAACUGAUCUCUUAGCAACAAGAAGCACCUGCAUAAAAGAUGCUACAGAGAGUGAUCACCAGAAAUCCUAUCCAGACCUUUAAGAGGAGCACAUCAGCAGCCAGGACAGCACUCUCCACCGGCAGAAAUCCAGAAGUAACAAGAAGACACAGCAAAGCAGAGCCUCUUGGAAGAGAUGCUCCUGGAAACCCUGAACCCGAUGCACUACAACAUCACCAGCCUGGUGCCAGACACGAUGCCCGUGGCCACAGUGCCCAUACUCAUCCUCAUGUGCUUUCUCUUUCUAAUAUGGACUCAUGAAGAGACUUCAUCAAUACCAGGGCCAGGAUACUGCAUGGGAAUCGGUCCCCUCCUCUCACAUGGGAGAUUUCUCUGGAUGGGAGUAGGGAAUGCCUGCAACUACUACAAUAAGACAUACGGAGAAUUUGUGAGAGUUUGGAUCAGCGGUGAAGAAACAUUUAUAAUUAGCAAAUCUUCAAGUGUGUUCCACGUAAUGAAGCACUGGCAUUACGUGUCUCGAUUUGGGAGUAAGCUUGGAUUACAGUGCAUUGGCAUGUACGAGAAUGGGAUCAUAUUUAACAACAACCCAGCACACUGGAAAGAAAUUCGACCUUUUUUCACCAAAGCUCUGUCUGGCCCCGGGCUGGUGCGGAUGAUCGCGAUCUGCGUGGAGUCAACCAUCGAGCACCUGGACAAGCUGCAGGAGGUGACAACAGAGCUGGGGAACAUCAACGUGCUGAACCUCAUGAGGAGGAUCAUGCUGGACACAUCCAACAAGCUCUUCCUCGGGGUCCCUCUGGAUGAAAAUGCCAUUGUGCUUAAGAUCCAAAACUACUUUGAUGCCUGGCAAGCACUUUUAUUAAAACCUGACAUAUUUUUUAAGAUUUCUUGGCUGUGCAAGAAAUACAAAGAUGCAGUGAAGGAUCUUAAAGGAGCAAUGGAAAUCUUAAUAGAACAGAAACGACAAAAACUUUCCACUGUCGAAAAGUUGGAUGAACACAUGGAUUUUGCAUCCCAGUUGAUUUUUGCACAGAACAGAGGGGAUCUGACUGCUGAGAAUGUGAACCAGUGUGUGCUGGAGAUGAUGAUUGCUGCUCCUGACACUCUGUCUGUGACCCUCUUCUUUAUGCUUAUCCUGAUUGCAGAGCACCCCACAGUGGAAGAGGAGAUGAUGAGAGAAAUUGAGAGUGUUGUGGGCGACAGAGACAUACAAAGUGAAGACAUGCCAAACUUAAAAAUUGUGGAGAAUUUCAUUUAUGAGAGCAUGAGAUACCAGCCAGUAGUGGACCUGAUCAUGCGGAAGGCGCUGCAGGACGAUGUCAUUGAUGGCUACCCUGUCAAAAAGGGCACAAACAUCAUCCUCAAUAUCGGACGCAUGCAUAAACUCGAAUUCUUCCCCAAGCCAAACGAGUUUUCUCUUGAAAAUUUUGAGAAAAACGUUCCUUCGCGCUAUUUCCAACCCUUUGGGUUCGGCCCCCGGAGCUGUGUGGGGAAGUUUAUUGCCAUGGUCAUGAUGAAGGCAAUCCUAGUGACUCUCCUGAGGAGGUGCAGAGUACACACAAUGAAAGGAAGAGGCCUGAACAACAUCCAGAAAAACAAUGACUUAUCCAUGCACCCCAUAGAAAGGCAGCCUCUGCUGGAGAUGGUUUUUACACCCAGGAGAAACGCCAGCGAGGAUCAGGGUGAUGGGAUGGAUCAGCACUAAGGUCACAGGGCUUUCUCGAACACUAAGAAAUAUUCACCAUUCUUAGUUAGAUGUACAAAAUGUUUUGUUGCCCCUAAAUGACGUCAGGUGAUAACUUGUUCUGCCUGUACAGCAGAACCACAAUUGGAAAGACUAAAAGUAUAGAAUAGUUUUGCCAUGCUAUACAAUUCCUGAUUACUUUCUAAAACCAUAGAGUUCAGACAAAAUUAUGCCUUCCCUUUCAAACACUGCCAGUUCAGAGGGUUGAGGGUCAACAAAUGAACAUACCUGAUGUGUGUUUAAUUCCAGGACUACACGAGUCCCUUUUCCCCCACCUCCCUGAAGCAGGACCGAGCAGUAUUUGACUACAACAAAAGCUCUAAUUAUCUGCUUUCAAAACAGCUAGGUAGUUCAAGACUAAGAAACAACUUAAAAUAUUUAAAACAGCUGUAAUUUGUAAAGAAAUGUUUGAACAAGAACUCAUUCAAACAUUUUUCUUUACCAUAUUUUGCUGUCCGAUUAAACAGAUACCAAAGAUUUACAGUGUC